UACACACUCAGUGUGAAAAUGAAUCGUGUGAAAGAAGUGUUUUGUAGCAAAUGUCGCUACAUAAUUGCUGUAAUGGCAUUUUUAAACUGUAUUCUUAUUUACAUGAUGAGAGUUGACUUAAAUGUCACAAUUCUCGCUAUGGUUAAUGAAACAGUGGAGGAAAAGUCUAACAUUCAUAAAACGUUUUUCUGUGCAAACUCUACGGAUGACGUUCCAACCAACCAUAACAGAAUCAAUGUUGGCGAACUCAAUUGGGGAAGACUAACUCAAGGGAUUGUACUUGGAGCUUUUUUCUGGGGUUAUAUUAUAACUCAAAUUCCAGGUGGAAUAUUAGCCUUCAGAUUUGGUCCUAAAUGGGUGGUGUUUGUCAGUCUUGCCGGAUGUGCAAUCAUUGAAUUCUGUAUACCGCCUGCAGCACGUAGUCAUGUGGAAAUUUUAAUCUUUUUACGUGUAGCAGAAGGCCUUUUACAG